AUGCCCAAGUACUCACACACAGCUUCGCUGUUCAUACCAUCGACUCGCAGACGGAAGUCAAUCCAAUACUGGUCACCCUAUCCGCAUCCAGGCGUCACCUCCAGCAAUCCGGACGAUGACGCUCGUCUUUUUCACCGCAUUACAACAAGGCCCCAUACGGAUAUGACCCUCGUGGCCACAUCGCCGGAGGAGAAAUCGCACUCCAAUACUGUUCUUGGUUACCCAUACUCCUUGUCUGAAGCCGUUUGGCCCGACGCUGAUGUGUUCACAUCGCAUCAGCAUCAAUAUGCCACUAGAUCUCCGGGAACGAAACGCAAGCAUUCUAGCUCCGAGUACUGUACUACAGAUGCCGAAAGCUUUGGAUGCGACUCCGCUUCCCUGGCCGAUAGCCUUCUCAAAGAUGAUGCCGGACACACAUUUGCAACUACGGGAAGCUGGUUCGAUUGGCCGUCUUCGCCCAUUUCCACGCCACAAGACAUUACAUUGCGUCCGGACUUCGAAUUCGUAGACGGGUAUCUCCCCCCAACGCCAGGUAGCCCUUCGAACAGUCUCAAGGACAUCGUAUCGUCGCCUGCCAAGACGGAAAUACAACUUCAUUCCGCCUUCCAAGAUCCAGCGUCCCGGUCGCCUCUGUUGCAGCAUUUCACGCCUUCUGUCUUUGACGGCUCGACCGCCAGCAUUGCUCAACCAGUCGCCACCGGGUCUCCCACAUCGGAGUCAUCUUUAGGUAUCGAUGAUGACGAUAUCUCCGAGUACUGGCUGGAUCCCAUCGAGGAUAAGCAAGACUCGACACCCGGAGAGGAUGAAGCGGAACGCCGGAGAUGGCGCAUGAUCUUCACAGAUGCGUCUGAUCAGAGUCUCGACGAUGUUAUUUGGCUGUCAAAAAACCCUAUAGAUCCAGACGGUAAGGUUUAA